CGCUCUCAUCUUCAUCUUCAACUUGCAGCCUUUUGAUCUUCUUCGUCUUCUUGAUAACUAAUCAUUUUUAACUUUAUUUCCAAUGUCUUCAAAGAUCCUCUUCUUCUCUGCCCUCCUCUUCACUGCGGCUACCGCGUCGCCCUUGGCCGCCCGGGGUAGUUGCAACCCCAACUUUGAAGGUGAUGCUCUCGUUGUGUCCACCUUGAAUGGCGCACUCUCGUGGGCAGCCAACCCCGCCGUCGGCGCGCCCGUCAUUGCCAGCACUUCGGCGUCAGAGUUCUUCUUCGAGCAGAAUGGGCAGCCCGUCGUCAGCUACACCGCCAAGUAACCGCAUCUUUUACGAUUUUGGUUCCAGAGCUAACCUCGCUGACGGACAUUUCACCAGGACCGUGGCUAACGACAAUUUCGCCGUCGAGCUCAAGGGCGACGUGCUGAUCAUGGAUAAUUUUGACGCGGCAGGUAACGAUGUGGACCAGCAAUGGAUGGUCGACUGCCGGACGUGUGCGGACAUCUCCCAGAAGACGGGCAUCGUCGCCACGGAAUGCAUCAUCACUUCCAACACCAACGGAUUUUGCGUCACUGCAAACCCUGGUGCCCAGUUGACCUUGUCUACUUGUGUUUCCGGCCAGGCGAACCAGCUGUUCAAUUUCUCGGUUUGAAGAAUCACUGAAGGGGAGAGGAAAUUGAUCUUUGAGGGUCUUUUUCUUUGUGGUUCCUUUUUUUUUUUCCAUUCAAGUAUCUACAUGACGUUCGUUGAGAAUUCAUGGACCUUUAGUAGUGGGUAUGCAUGCAUAGUUGGGGAGAUGGGAAUUUUAAAUUGAUUGUUAACGCUUAAUUCCGAAAACGGUAAUCAGCAC